ACCAUCAGUCCCUGAAAUUUCCCCCGUAUAUCGGCUUUGUAAGGGGAUUUUUUUUUAAUGCCUUGCUUUUAAAUUAAGCCAGCGUCAGCGAGCCUCAUUAAUUUGAGAUCCACGUUGCGAAGCGGGGACCCACGUUUGAUGUUUCUCUGAGUGUGGCCUUAGCUUGGGGGCUGAAAUACGAUGCAACCACUCAUACAUGAUGUUGGGUGAGAUUUCAAGACUUUUUAUCAUCUCGGAUGCAGGCUCUGGCUGGAACUAGACCAAUAACCUUCAGCUGACAAGAAUAGCAGAGCUACACGGUCCUUUUAUUGUACUUCACCGGUGACCCCGAUCUGGUCAGCCCUAGCUGCUGUCUUCUAAAAUGUGUGAUCAUAUAGCUUUUCAGGGUCGCUCUCUCAAGCGGAAGCGUUGACCUUCAAUCUAUCCCAUACUCUUUACCUGAUCACCAUCUGCUCUUAACAGCCAGAGCCACGUCGAUCGAAACAAAGACAAGAUGUCGCUAUCACUCGCUCUCAAAGCCGCCAUAGGCAUACUCAUGGUUGAUUCAAUCAUCGAAUUAUCAUUCGUUAGCAGCAUGGUCGCAUGGUUACACCUAACGGCUAGCAAGGGGUUUUCUUUCAAUUCUGACGGGUCAAGCCAUCGUCUAGCCGGCAAGCCCUUACAUAUGAUGGUCGACCAAGGACACACCACCAACGGGGCCGCUGGAACCGCUUUCGUCCUCAUCGGCCUCGGUGGUAUCGUUGCGCUCACACUUCGGCAUUGGUCUCGCGACGCACAGGGCGGAUCGAGAGGCUUCGGGCGAUUCAUAUACCAACUCUGGGUCGCGCUAAAUAUUCCAGCAUUGCUCCUCACGAUUGGCGCACUAGCCUAUGUCUUCGCAGUUACGAACAAGCACCGUGGGCAAACGAUUGAUGUUCCAUUGGCGGUAAGCCUGAAUGGGAGCCCUUACCCGCUCGAGGACUGGACGCCGCAGAAUUGGUUCUCAGCCGUUCUCCAAUUGGACUUAACCAGUGCGAGAGACGAUAUCCACAGCCAUCUAUCGGUUAUGAGGGGGUGGCAGUACAACUUGAUCCCGAUGUUCAUUAUCCAGCUCGGCGUUACGAUACUUGUAGUAUUGGAGUUUCUUGACUGGCGAAGACAGUAUAGGGUUCUCGCGCAAGGAGAAAAGUAAUCGGCAAAUAGGGGAGCGAUAUUCUGGAGGCGAAGUGAAUCCCCUAACACGUUGAUUCAAAACCAAUACCCACGCCGCAAACGGCGAGCCUUCGAAAUCCUCCGUUUUAGUCGCCCCCCAUUUCCACAUUUAUAUAAUAUAUUUUAUUGCUUCCCUUUCAUUUUAUGUUGUCGCU